UCCUUUGAAACGGUAGCUGCGCUCGCCCCAUUGCGAUUCCACACGUAUAUAUCUUGUCCGGCCCCGGUACUCGAUCAUUUCAGCCAACAAACCAUUGCCUAUACCACUCAAAUCAUCAACAUGAAGAUUAGCGCUAUUGUCUCUUCCCUCUUCUGCCUGGCGGCUGCUCAGCUUGUCGCCGCCGAGGGCGAUACCACCUCCACCUCAACGGUGACCACUUUCCUCACCCGGACGCUGGUGCACGUCGAUACCGUGACGUCUGGCGCGUCGACCACGUCCGCACCUCUGAUUCCCACCCACGCUGUCAGCGCCCCUCUGAUCAGCAGCUCCGCUGUUGUCAGUUCCUCCGUCAUCCCGACCUCACUUGUCGUUGCUCCUUCGGCUAGUGCCUCCGCCACCUCUUCUACGGUCUUCACUGGCGCUGGCAACGUCAACGCCGCCGGCAUGUCUGUUGCGCUUGUCGCCGGGUCUCUGGCUCUGAUCAUGGGCGCUCUGUGAGCAGACAUUCAUGCAACAAUGCCGGCUUGGUCGCACAUUGUAUGUGCUCGGGGCUAUUAGGGCCCGGACUACGAACGAUGACCGCCAGACUUCUGACCACUUUUCCUUCUGGACUGUUUCUAUCUUCUUCAUCACUUCAUCGCUUAUACUUAAUUUCUCUUCGUUCGACCGCAUGGUUUCCUCGACCACGAUCGAGAAACAAGACGGACGCUCGGUUAUGGAUCCAUAUACCCAGUUUAUGACGUUUCAGAUAUGACGAGUUGAUGGAUUUGACGGCUGGGAUUGACCAGCGCAGGUUAGUAUCUUUUGAGAAACCCUGCUUAUAUACCUAUUUACCCUUCUUGGGGUCUGGCUGUGACUUCGAAGCUAUGCACAUAAAGCAGUGAAUCAAAUGUAUAGUGGCCGACCCCACAUUCCAGUUAAUCAUUUUAUGAAUAUAUUCUUAGUCGUGCAGAGGCAA